AUGCCGAACCUUGCAAAACUUGAAUUUGUGGCUGUUGAUAUUACUAGAAAGAACUAUUUAUCUUGGAUGUUAGAUUUUGAAAUACACUUAGAUGCAAAAGGCCUUGGUGAAACUAUUAAUGAAGGAAAUGAAACAGCUAGUCAAGAUAAGGCCAAAGCUAUGAUAUUUCUUCGUCAUCACCUCCAUGAAGGACUAAAGACUGAAUAUUUGAUUGUUAAAGAUCCACUUGUCAUUUGGAAUAGUUUAAAAGAAAAAUAUGACCACCAAAAAAUCGUAAUACUUCCUAAAGCUCAUUAUGUUUGGUUGCAUUUGAGAUUACAAGAUUUUAAAUCUACACAGUAUUGUGAAAAAGGUUUUAAGAAAUAUUCUGAGUUAAUAUCUUAUCUUCUUGUGGUUGAACAAAAUAAAGAACUGUUAAUGAAAAAUCAUGAGUCACGUCCAGCUGGCUCUACUCUAUUCCCUAAAGCGAAUGUGACAUCAUAUAACCGAAAGGAUAAAGGCCACACUAGUAGUCGUGGUCAAGGACAUGGCUGUGGCUGUGGUCGUGGUCGCGGUCGAGGACAUGGACAUGAAUGA